AUGUCGGGCUCCGGGGACCUGAUCAACUUCGAUGUGAUCGAGUCGCAAAAGGAGAAUAUCCAGGCCUUGCCCACCGGGAGAUCAGCAAAGGCUUUGGUAGCAGCAAUCUCUCCUCUCAGCAGCGGCAACUAUUCACGAUGCAGUCCCGACGAUACACAGUCCGUCAACGAUUCGAUUCGAGCAGAGUACGAGAGAGAACUCGAGGCCGUUGGUGAAUCGGACGAUCCUCUCGAUAUAUACGAUCGAUACGUCAAAUGGACUCUAGACGCUUACCCGUCGGCACAAGCAACCACGAAGUCUGGUCUCCUUCCGUUACUCGAGCGAGCCACAAAGACAUUUCUUUCGUCCAGCCACUACAAGAACGACCCGCGGUAUCUACGCCUCUGGUUACAUUAUAUCCGCUUGUUCUCGGACGCUCCCCGGGAAACGUUUGCAUUCUUAUCGCGUCACGGGAUCGGUGAGGGCCUGGCUUUGUUUUACGAGGAGUUUGCGGCUUGGCUUGAGGGCGCGGGACGUUAUGCUCAAGCGGAAGAGGUAUACAAGAUGGGAUUGGAACGGGAAGCCCGGCCGAUGGAGAGAUUAAUGCGCAAGUUUGGUCAGUUUCAGGAUAGAAUGGAGCAAAGACCAGGGAAUCCGGAUGGGCCCUCUUCACCAGCUUUACCUACCGUACGCCCGGCCUUAGCGGCCAAGGUUGAUCCCUUUGCGUCCGCGAGACCGCCGCCUGAGAAUCCGCAAGAAGAGAGCAGAACCAGGGGUAUAGGGGGCGGAACGAAAACUCGCAGUGGAAAGCCGAAGAUGGCGAUAUUUAACGAUGCGGAUUCUGGUGCAAUGGGACCAAGUCCUGCGGCAGCACCGACGAAGGGGUGGGAUAGUAUUGGAUCCAUUCGAGAAAGGAAGAAGGAAAACUUGAUUGAGCCACGGCCCUGGGUAGGCGAAACCCUAAAGGCUGGAAAGAAAACAAAUCCAAAGCAGAAGAUGGCGAUAUUUCGCGAUCCGAAUUCAAUAUCAAAUAAUGCAAAAGCUGUUCCACCUGAAAAUCUUCCACAAAACCAGAGAGAAAGAGUCGAUGCCCGAACAGGAAAAGUCGAACGGGUUUUCGUUAAUCUUGCUGCCGUGUAUCCUGAUCCUGAGAAUCCCGCUCUCGAGAUGAGUCUUGAUGAGUUGAGAGCCUUACAUCGAGGUUGGAUGGACAAAGACUGGUCAAAACAAAGGAAGGGCGCGUUGAAGGAGGUAUCUGGAAAUAAAAGCAAGCAUCCGGUUGUCAGCGCAGGCAAGGCCAACCAGCCGGACAAGUCUCUAUCAGCACAACUACAAAACAAAUUAGUGAUACACAAUGACCGCCAACCGGCUAAGGAAAAUGGUGAAGCCGUUGAAGGGUUUCGAGAUGCAAAGGAAGGAAAGCCAAAAAAGAUAAAAGUGAGAGAAAUCAAAGGGGAGACUCAGACAGUCAAAACUAAGCUUGACUCUCCAACGGGCCCUAAGUUGAAGCGAAAGAAUACGUCAGAGCCAACAAUGACUUUCCAUACUCGUGCAGCAACCGAUGAGAUAUACAGCAUAUUCAAUCAGCCGCUAAAAGCCGAAUUGCAAGCAGCCGAACACCCUGAUAGCAUAUGUGGCAGUGAUUAUGAAGAUGAUGAUUAUACCAGCGCUGGAGAGAGCACAGCAACCGGGCGAAUAUCUGCCAUCCAUAGUGAAUUUGGGGAUGAUGAGACCAGUGCCUUUGAAAGAACACAAGAUAUCAAUGGAGGGAGUGAAUUUGAUGAUCAAACAAAGACUGGCGUCAGUGAAUGGACAGAGUUUAGUCCUGCUGAACACAUUUCGCAAUUUCACAGUGAACACAGAGAGGGUAUACAAGGGUCUGGAAGUGAGACGAACAUUUCAUCUUCAUCUCAAGGUCACUUUCAGGAUCCUGCUCAUUUCCUGCCUGCUGAUGAAAACGAGAAUGCUAUGUAUUCUUCCAGUUCAGACAGGCUCAAAGAGCACAGAUUUGUCCCCAUCCAGCCAGAGGAUUAUAAUCCACCAACUGGCCCUUAUCGGGAUCCCUACACUGUUGCUCAGAAUCGAUUGCCGUUCAUGACUCCGAUUUUGGAACAGACGGAGUCUUCCCUGGCUUCAACCAUUUUCAGAGAGAAACUGAGCACCAAGACACCAUCAAAGAUGGGUAAACCCUUUUGCCCUUCAGCUACUCCGGCGAUUCCAGAGGUCGACGGCUCGGAGCUUCUAGGCAGCCCAUUCCAGGACUAUACCCAGGCGAAUGACGCUGUGCUUGAGUACACUCGAGAGAUUAUUUCUCCCAGUAAGAUUGGGAUCCCGUUCCAGCCACCCGCUCCAAAGUUCCCUGUGUUUAAACGAAACGGCCAUGUGAUUAUCACAGAGCACCAAUGCAACCCGAUGGAGCGCGCAAUCCAGGAAAAGAUUUUACGUAGCGUGCGACCUGCGCUGCAUACGUAUGAAGGAUAUUACGAUCACAAGAUUGAGGUUGGAGGAAAUGCACCGGAAAUUAAAAGGUACUUCAAGAGUUUGGUUAAAGGCUCAAAAGGAAAUGGAGGAGAUAAAUCGCCUGCUGUGCCGCCUGUCCUCUGUUUUUCAGGUGCGGUUCGUAGCUAUGCUAUCAAACGAGAAUUGGGCGAAGGCGGUUUUGCGCCCGUCUAUCUGGCCGAAAGUAUUGAUUCUCCAGACACUUUCAGUGAUUCUGACGACGAAAAUGAUGGAUAUGAGCUGAGCCCAUGCACUCCCUCACCGAAAGGAAAAGAGCUUAAAACUAUACGAAACUCCGACCGCGGGUCACUUGAGGCCGUUAAGGUAGAAACGGAACCCCCGUCGGCCUGGGAAUUUUACAUGCUGCGUACCGCCCAUACGCGGCUUAGCAGCACAAGUUUGCACCGGCGUGCAGCCGAUAGUAUUGUUCUAGUGCAUGAACUCCACCAUUUCAAGGACGAAACAAUUCUCGUGGAGGAUUAUCGUGGCCAAGGCACAUUGAUUGACUUGAUCAACGUCAUGAGGGCUGAAUGCAAGGCUGGAGCAGGUUCAACAGACUCAGGCCUUGAUGAGGCGGUUUCCAUGUUUUUCGCUAUUGAAUUGUUUCGAACAGUCGAAAGUCUUCACGCAUGCGGAAUUAUCCAUGGCGAUCUAAAGGCAGACAAUUGUCUCGUUCGACUUGAUGAAGCUGGUGGCGCUCCUAUUUCGCUUUUGGACACCGAUCUGAACGGUAUCGAUUAUUCACCAUCGGGAGCGCAUGGUUGGCUGAACAAAGGUCUUACCUUGAUCGACUUUGGUCGGGCGAUCGACAUGCACGCUUUUAUCCCGGACGUUCAGUUCAUUGCGGAUUGGAAGGUUGCUGCGCAUGAAUGCCCCGAAAUGAAGGAAUGCCGACCGUGGACAUACCAGGUCGAUCUCUACGGACUCGCUGGUAUUGUUUAUAUCAUGUUAUUUGGGAAGUAUAUGGAGAUUAUCACCGUAUCGAACACGGAAAACGAAAGCGGCGCGAAUAGCGGUUUUGGCUCUCGUCGAAAUUAUCGAAUCAAAGAAUCGUUGAAGAGGUACUGGGAACGGGAAGUCUGGUCGGAAGUCUUCGAUCUGUGUCUUAACCCCACGAGUGAGAAAUGGGUAGAGGCCGAACGGCAACAUUCUGGCGCGAAUGUCGACCCAAGGUCAGCCAGAAGUGCUGACGGGAACAGGCUCACAAUGCCCAUGAUUAACUCGAUGAGGGUUGUUCGUGAGAAGAUGGAGAAUUGGCUUGCAGCGAAUGCGGCUCGCAAGGGGCUGCAAAGUCAGCUGAACAAGAUGGAGACUUUGAUAUCGAAGAAGCGGGCCAAACGAGGUGCGGAUAAAGAUUAGGAUACUGUUGACUGUUAGCUUUCGACCUUAGAAUCAUUAUGCUUGCUCUUGCCCAGCGAUGACUUAUGUGGCUAUGGUUGACGGUGGAUUUUUUUUCUAUGGCAUCUCUUUUUUCGAGCGACAGAUUGUUCAUAUGUUACAUACCACACUUUUAAUAAGGAUUUCUCCAAAGAUAGCCGG